AUGAGGCGCGCAGGGAGCCUUCUUCUCCUGCUGCUUCUGCUCUCCCUGUCUGCCUCCACCGCCGAAGCACACAACAAGGAGAGCUCGGGCGACAACGCGGUGCCCUUGACCGGCCGGAGAUGGCACCUGAGAGGACGGAGGGCAAUGGCGGCCCGAGGGCAUGGAGCAGCGGGGAGGGAUGAGGCCGUGGGCGCCAGCAACACAGGUGCAAACCCUGCCCGUGCCCGCGGAGGGAAGAAAAGCGUAGAGGUUACCGUUGUCGGGUUAGGCGGUGAGAGCGCCGGGCCAAGGAGGAGUGGCGGCGGCAGGCGCGAGUUUGACGGCCAAGUGCCGCUCCAUUCCGAUUACCGCACUCCCAGGGAGCAAGUCAAGAAGCAGAUCAGGCGUCUGCUGAAUUUGUACAUGAUGAGGCAAGUUCAGCAGCCGCACGCUUUACAUGAUUCAGCAUUACAGGCAUUAUUUGCACGUCACACUGGCCACAUCACAGUCGACACACAACUUCAGUUCCUGCCAUGUGCUGACGGCUGCGGUUUCAUUUCCAGGGUAAACGGAGCAAGAGGCCAGCUGCUCGGCCCAUGCUUCAGGGAGCAAGCGGCCAUCGACAUCGUCACCACGGCGGCGACGCGGCCGCCAUGGCGUCCGACGUGCUGA